CCGUAGCGAAGGCGCUGUUUGGGAACCUGAGGGGAUUUUUUUUUAACACCCUCGAAAUGAGGAGUAAGACUUCCUCUCGUCUCAAAGGAAAUCCAUAACUACGCGGCGGAGUUACUCCUGUUGUCGUCGAUGGCUUAGUGCGUGAGUUUGUACGCAGUUAAAAUGAGGCAGCUUGCGUUUUUUUCCGCCGAGGAGUCGCUCUCGUCGUCCAGCAAGAGGACAAGAUGGCAGCCCAGCGAGUAUGUCGAGCAUGGUGUGGGCACACAUUAAAUCCCUAACAUGUUCCGAGGAGCCCCGCAUUUCGCCAACAUUUGCUGGCUGUGAAGGUAUGGCCUCACAGGUUUUGGUCUGCCCACCGCAUGUGUAUCAACCCCAGACAAGUGCCUUUAGCAGUGUGAGGAGAGUGGAGCCGGGCAACUGUGUGUACCAUGAGAAGACCCCUCGUACCUACGUGGUCGGUGUGAACCUUGGCAUUGCGCACCCAACCAAUAUUGUACCGCCGUAUAAGGCAGAAGCUUCAGAGGGUGCGAGGGCCUGUGGCACCCAGGACUCAUUACUGACUGUGUCGUCGUUGGCUUGGGAGGAGCUCUGCACCAGACUCCCGUCGGGCAGGGUUGCGGGGCGUGGCUUUAGAGAAGAGGACAGAGGAGACGGCGGCCGGAGGAGAGCUCCUGGAGGAGCCGGUGGUGGUGACGGAGAGCAGCAGGAAGAGGGGGAGGUUGGAGAAGAAGAGGGGGAGCAAGGGUGGAGUGGAGGUUUGAAUUCCUUCGACGGAACCCUGCGAUGUGGGUUUAAACGUAAAGGGGAAGAGCUGGAUAACCGUAAGAGCACUAUGCAGAUCGUAGAGGAACACUUGGCACUACCUGCCAUGUUGCAGGGCACCGUGGGCACGGCUGGUGUGGCGCCAUCCAAGCAGAGCGGGCUGAAUGUGGGUGGGGCUGGGGCGGUGCCAGGGGGUGGGGCCGGCGAUGGUGACUACCAGCUGGUACAGCACGAGGUGUUGUGCUCCAUGAAGCACACGUAUGAAGUGCUCGAGUUCCUGGGUCGCGGGACCUUCGGCCAGGUGGUGAAGUGCUGGAAAAGGGGCACCAGCGAGAUCGUGGCAGUGAAGAUCCUGAAGAACCAUCCGUCGUACGCGCGGCAGGGCCAGAUCGAAGUGGGCAUCCUGGCACGGCUGAGCAGCGAGAACGCAGAGGAGCACAACCUAGUGCGUGCCUUCGAGUGCUUCCAGCACCGCAGCCACACGUGCCUGGUGUUCGAAAUGCUGGAGCAGAACCUCUACGACUUCCUGAAGCAGAACAAAUUCAGCCCGCUGCCUUUGAAGGUGGUCCGGCCCGUGCUGCAGCAGGUCGCCAUGGCGCUGCGGAAGCUGAAGAGCCUGGGCCUGAUCCACGCUGACCUCAAACCUGAGAACAUCAUGCUGGUGGACCCUGUCAGGCAGCCAUACCGCGUCAAGGUCAUCGACUUCGGCUCAGCUAGCCAUGUCUCCAAGGCUGUGUGCUCCACCUACCUGCAGUCACGUUAUUACAGGGCCCCAGAGAUCAUCUUGGGCUUGCCCUUCUGUGAGGCCAUAGAUAUGUGGUCACUGGGCUGUGUCAUCGCUGAGCUGUUUCUGGGCUGGCCACUCUACCCUGGAGCACUGGAGUAUGACCAGAUCCGCUACAUCUCCCAGACCCAAGGCCUGCCUGGCGAUCAGAUGCUCAGCAUGGGCACAAAAACGUCCCGCUUCUUCUCCAAAGACUCGGACUCGCCGUACGCGGUGUGGAGGCUGAAGACGACGGAGGAGCAUGAGGCGGAGACUGGGAUGAAAUCGAAGGAGGCCAGGAAGUACAUCUUCAGCUGCCUGGAUGACAUUGGCCAUGUGAACCUGGUGCUGAACAUGGAGGGCUGUGACCAGCUUGCCGAGAAGGCGGACAGACGGGAAUUUGUGGACCUGCUGAAGCAGAUACUGCUGAUCGACGCUGAAAAGCGCAUCAUGCCUGCAGACGUGCUUAGCCAUGCGUUUGUUACUAUGCAGCACUUACUGGACUUCCCUCAUAGCAACCACGUGCAGUCAUGUUUCCACGUCAUGGACGUAUGUCACUCGAGGGGCGCAACUUAUGACGCAGCAAACCGCAACAAGGCCCCGGCCCCGCUCAUGAAACCCGUCACCUUACCCAGCACCCCCAACGUUACCGUCGCCUACGGCAAACUGCCCACUGUGCACUCGCAGGCUCUGCCUCCACCUGCUCCACCCGUGGUGCAUCCUGGCAUUCCCCUCCAGACAGGAAGUGCUCAGUUUGGAUGCACUGACACGUAUCAGCAAACACUCUUCCUAUGCCCCCCAGCCAUCCAGGGUAUUGGGUCGAACCCCAGCCAGGCCUCGGCCUAUUCUGUUCGGAUGGAGAACCCCCUUCCCCUGGUGACUCAGGCCCCAGCCAUGCAGCCUUUACCUCUCCGGCCCGGAGUCAUAGCACAGCAGCCAUGGUCCAACCGGACACCACAGAUCCUGGUGCCAACGUGGCAGCAGGUGGCCCCUCCCCCGGUGACCCUGCCCUCCGACACCAUGGCCUGCCCUCCGAGGAGAGGGGACUGGGGGAAGGUGCGCCAGCACAGCACUCAUUAUGGCUCCAUGAUGCCACAGCCCCUCCUGGCCAAUCAGUUGGCUGUAUCCGCACACCAGCCCUUAAACAUCGGCAUCGCUCAUGUGGUCUGGCCUCAGACUGCAGCCAGCAAGUGCAACAAGCCCAAUCAAAAUAGGAGUGUGAAUGUUUCACAUUACACAGACACGCAGUCCUCAGUGUGCCUCUCACCAAAGACCCGGGACAAGCUGCGGAACCAGGAAGUGGGCCUUGGCCAUCGGGUCAGGGAGGCGGAGUCACAGGUAGAGCAGGACCCAGAGCAGAUAGAGGAGACGGAGGAGGUGGGCUGCUGUAAGGCAGGUCAGGCCUGCGACGAGCAGCUGUCGGUCGCCAAUCAGCAGCGGAAGUCCAUCGUCAUCGGCGAAUCCCCAAGCCCGGUGGUCAGCGUCAUCAGCAUAAGCAGUGUCUCGGAAGAGGAGGACGAGCCGAAGCACAUGUGUUCCCUCAGCACGUGUAAGGGCAGUGUGGAGUGUGAGGCAUGCAAGGGCUCUCUGAACAUGGAGCGCGUGUGUUCCCUCAGCAGUCCAGACAGCAGCUUGAGUACGAGCUCCUCGUCCUCACCCCAGUCAAGCCCCUCCCCCUGCAAGAGACCCAACAGCAUGUCGGAGGACGAUGGCCACGAGAGCGGCUGUGACACAGUGGACGGCUCGCCGGCAUCGGACACGUCUCUGGGGCAUCACGGCAGCCCGUUCAACAACAGGCGCUUCCUCAACAUCAACAAUGGCGUACAGGAGGCCCGGGGACGGCGUGCCAACGCGCACACGCUCCCGGGCAAGCCGUCGGUCAAGACCGUGGUGGUCACGCCCAUGAGGGUGAUCAACAACAACAACCACCUUCAGCAACACCUGAACCUCCACCAGCAGCGCUGCAGCGAGCAGCAUCCCACCAGCACAGGCUUGGAGUCAUUGUGCCAGCCAGGCGGGCGUUGCGGCCCCAGGCGAGUGAGCCUGCACUCCACCCCUACGCUGCAGGGCACCUCCACAUUCCAGCAGCCCCUGGGCUUUGGCCAGGUCCAGCACUACGGCUCCUGUCACAAGGAGUGGAACGGCAACUACACGCAGCCGUGCCGUCCGCAAGCCUACAUCCCUCCCACGGUGCACGGCCACACAUUCCCCCUCCCCCACAGCAGCCCCACCCACUCUGCCGCCCACCCCCCUCCGGCCCCGCCCCCUCCUCCUCCCGCUCUGCUCUCCUACCCGCCUACCAGGCCUGUGGCCCACCUGUUGCCCUCGCCCUGUCCGGCGCCGCCCCCGGCGCCCCACCCUGUCCUGCAGCCUGCCUUCAGCCUGGUACACCAGGCCAUCAGCGUGGGCAUCAACCCCCGGCUGCUGCCCUCGCCCACCCUGCACCCGCCAGGACCCUUCAAAGCUCUGUUUCCAGCGCACUCGUAUGUAACGUCAUCCGCCUACGCAGGAUUCCCCCUCAGCCCCAGCAAGCCGCCUCAGUACCCGUACAUGUGAGCUGGAGCCCACAAAGCACAGCUACCCGCACUAGCACCCACCAUUGACAGAAUCUUACACACACACACACAACCAUAUACUGCUCCUUCACUUCCUCCUGGAGACCCUUAUUGUGCUUUGUUUGUUUGUUUAUUUGUUUGUGUUUUUGUGGAGUGGGGGGUCUUUGUUUUCUUUUAAGAAUCAUGUAGUUUAACAUUUAAAAAAUGAUUAAUUAGGCUGUUGCACCAUUGACAGAGCUUCAUAAAUAUCAUGGAGAAAAUGAACUAAUGAAUUGAUGGAGAACUCAAUUUUCACGUCUUUUUUGCACAUUUGAUAUUGGAGGUGGAUAAACCCUCAGUCAUUAGGUCCUCUCCUGUACAGAGGGGUGUAUCAAAGCAUGGUCCCACUCUAGAGCUAUUUUUCUAUGUUGCCUUCUUGUGUGUGUGCUAGACCCAUUGACUUUAUGAUGAAGCUAUCCUAGUCUCCAGUGGUCGGGGCCACACUUUCAUGUGCGUGUGGCUCCCCCUUGUGGUAUACUGGUGUUACAUGUCUGUGUUUUUGUAGUAGGCUUGUGCCCUCCCCCAGUGUUAACCCUGUGAUCCUGUGUUUAAUAAGGUUACCAAGCUCUGCAUGACUUUGCAUGGUGGAACAAAGCAGAUGUGGGAAGACCCCAAACCCCUCACUCUUUCUCUGCAUGUUGAGAGCAUUGCAUUGCAACCUGAUCUCCCGAAAAGUGCCUUAAAAAAAAAACUAAACAAAAAAACAAAAACAAACGUACGUGUCUUUGGGCUCUUGCUGUCUGAGGGUUUGACCUAGGCUGCAGCACUUAAAGGGUCAUAUAGGUGUGAUAUCUGCAUUAGGGCUGUCCUUUUGGUGCAUUAGUUUAUUCUGGUGAUUUUGUACGUUAGCUGGCUUACACCAUCUGUGCGUCUGUAAUUGGAAAUCAGUUGCAUCAGUCAUCCCUUUUGUCUGUUUUUGCAACGUGGCUUAGAAAUAAGGUGUGUGUGUAUGUGUGUGUGUGUGUGUGUGUGUAAGAGAGAGAGAAAAACCCAAUUAACCUAAGUAACAACUGUACCUAGACCGUCAGGAGUGGCCAUCUUUCCCACAAAAACUCUGGUCUCGUUGCCUCACCAUUAGUGGGGAUUAAUUAGACUUUGUCCUUGGGACUGCAGUGGCUGUAACUCUGACUGCCAUGAGCGUCUGUUCCUAAUCUUCAACAGCCCUCACGAUGAAGAAGGCUUAUGGCUUUGCAUCCUGUGGCUGCAGUCAGCCUGGGACAGACAUCGGAAGGAAGUUUGACACUUGAUGUCCUCAAAGUUUCGGUCUGUCGGGCAGUGUCUCAGAUCGCGCCUUCUCCGACACGUCGACAUUCGAGCAGCCCUGUGUGUGCGUGUGGCCAUCACUGGUAUAUGGAUAUAGAGUGCUGCCAUGGUUUGGAGCGCUGCACUGGCGGGGGUCGUGCCUGAUAGGAAGGCAGCAGGGUUGACUUCUGAAGGAUGGUCCGCCUCACUGGAGCGCAGGCCCUCCCUGAGGGGAAAAAAAAAAAAACGAUGUGAAGAAGGAAAGUUUGAGUAAUUUCAUAUCUGAUAAUCACUUGCUAUUCUUUUACUUAAUACUAACAGUAUUUACACUGUUUAACACAACGGCAAUACAAUUCUUAGUGGGUGUAUCCAUUUUUUAUUCACUGUUUUAAUCCCUUUUCUUUUUUAAGAAUUAGAUGUGGAUUGGGUUUUUUUGGGGGGGGGAGGGGGGGUUGGCAUUGGCGUUAACCUGCAAAUAGCUCCAGUAGUCGAUUAAUGUGGUUUCAUGUUAGCUUGUGCAGAGGUUUCAGUAUUCAGUGUCCAAACUAUCGAUCUGUCAUUGCUGGAGUAUUUAGUGCUUUUCGAGUUGUGAGCUGUGUGCAAUUCGUCCUCCCCUCACCAUAAGCAUGUAAUGACAUUCGUACAUUUCCAUUGGUCAAUGAGCUUUGUUUUUUAUGCUGGCUGUUUUUAAUUUGAUACAUUCCAUCAGGGAGAAAUUACAUCGUUUUCUGUGUGCUUCUUGUGUUUUUAAUUAGAUUAUUAUUAGUUGUUUUUUUGUUUUGUUUUUUAAGUUAGGUGCAUUAGUUCUUUAAUAUCUUUAUAAAGAUGCUUUUGCUAUACCAAAGAGUAGUUAAUUUCUUAAGCAAAGUAGCUACUGUUCUAGCAUAGACCUCAAGCGUAUUGUAGAUGGAAAUGUAGUCAACACAUUCAGACAUUUACUAUGUAUAAAGGUUGAGGUUCGUGUUCAGCUUUUUGGCAAGUUAAAUGAUUGGGUUUGUUUUUUUCCUUGAAUGUACCAUAGAUAAGCUGCUAUUCACUGAUUGCCACUUCAUAAUAGCUGUGAGGUUAAAGUAAUUAACUUUGUUCUUAGCCUUCUUAUUUUUAUAUAUGUCUGAAGACAUUAAGAUAGAUGUGAGGUUUUUCGUUUGGUUUUACUCUACUGACUGGCAUCAAAAGCAUUUUAAUGCCUGUGUAUAUUGUGCUUUUUUCUGUUUGAAGUGUCAUUGUAACUACUGUAUUACCAGUUAUCAGUUUGGUUUGUUGUGUUUUGGGUGUGUUAUCUUUUUCUUUCCACUUUAUUUGUUUCUUUGUGUGCAUAUGUGCAUUAUCUGUGAUGUUGUGACCUUGGGGCUCAUCAUUGCAUAUUAAAUGCGUAUUAGUGUGUAUCUGAGUACAGUUUGAUAUUAGCUUUUUGUUCAAGCAUAGCUUGCAGGAUAGAUUUAACUUUUUUUUUUUUUUUUUUCCCUUCUCCAGAUAUGUGACAGUUAAAGAUUGACUUGCGAUGCACAAGUGUACCUUCGUAAAAGCCUACGUGAUGUCAUCAGCACUUGUCAAAUGUGCUGUUUGGGGGCAGACUGUCUGCUUUGGUUUUGAUGUUUUGAUCAAAUGUCAGUACUUUGGGUGUCAUUGUUGACCAACAUGCCACCCCCCCCAAGCCUGUUUUCAGCGGGUUCUUUUUUCAUGUUUCAGUCCAUGUUUGUGGAACGUUUUGAAUGGUGUGCACACCUUUAUUUUUUUUUUUUUUUUUUUUUUUUUUUUUUUUGUUAGUGGAGUAAACAUACAUAAAUAACACACGUGCGUGCACACAAACAUGUAUUUAUCCUGCUCUGUAGAAGGAGCAGUGCUAAACUAGUGCCUUUCAGAUGUGCUUCUGACCUUACACACAACCUGCUGUCAUCCUCAUCCCGCCUCUCUCUCGUUCUCCUGUCCUGUGUGCGCACUUUCCCCCGCAGGUCGUCCCAUGAUGUUGUGAAGUCUGUUCUUUGUUGGCUACCAUGUGCUGACUCUCCCAGCCCUGACCCUUACUUUCACCUUUGGAAGUGUCCGCUCUUUGUCAGUCACAAGCCAAACAUGCAAUCUAGUCUGCAAAUGAGAUAUAAAGAUGAUGUAUGUGUGUGUGUAUAAAAUAAUUCCCCUUAAUUUAGAUAUUAAUCAAAAUAGAAAAAAAAAUGUCUUUGUUGUUUUCUUUUGAGUGGGCUUUUUUUGGAGGUAAUAUCUUCAACAGAAGUCCAAUAAUGACCUGCUCUCAUGCUAUCAGGGAUCAUACUUACGCUGACUUGGCCCUUGUGUAUAAGGGAAGCUUUACAUCCACACACUGUGAUCGCAAGCGUCAGCCCCACAGUUUACCAGCUCGUCCCACCAUUUUUACAAAGCAAAGGGAUAAGCAGUACCUUCUCUGCAAUGGGACAAAAAUUAAUACCAUUGUGCAAGUUAAUUGCUUUAAUGUACUUCAUGCAUAUGGAGAUCUGUCCAAAAUAGUGGCUCUGGAGUCACCAAAUCACUCAUUUCACUUUUCUACUUGUAGAUAAAGACGUUCUGAAGCAUGUAGCACCAGGGACAAUUACAAACGUCGUGUUCAUUCAGACAUUGUGCAGUUUUGUGCAUUGCAUCCAAUUUAUAAAUCACCCUUUUGUAAUCUGUCUCUGACAAGAUCUACCAAAACCCAACUGAAGAUGUAACUCAAAUUCAGCCAGUGUUUGAUGUGGGCGAUUAGAGGAAUUUCAAGCUAAAAUCUUAUCCAACUAAAAUAUAAAAUGUUCUCUGACUUCAUUUACACCAAACCAAUUAGUCACAUUUAAGUUCUUUGCUUGAUUUUAAUUUUGUCUUUUGAUUUGGUUGACAUUAUUUUAGAGAUUGUUGUACAGAAAUUCAGGGUCUUUGUAUUUGUUAUAUAUGCUACUGUAUAACAAUUUCUCUCCUGAUGUUUGGGUUUGAUUGCUUUAGAAAUAUUAACAUUUUUUUGCUGCAGAUUAUAUUUUUAGUAGAAGUUAAGUCUCACUGCAGGUUAUCAGAUAAUGUACUUAGACUUCAGAGCAAAUGGGCUUGAUUUACUAAAUCUGAACUGUUACUGUUUUAAUAUUUGUAGGUUUUGUGGCUUUCUAAUUUGUUUGCUUGUUUUUAUGCUACAUUAGUUUGCCAUGUAGCCAUUGCACUGUGCAAUAUUCAGUAUAUGAGGACUGGGGUUUUUUAUGUGUAAUGUCUCUUACAGGUUUGGGUCGUUAUUUCUCUCUAGUUCUCAGUCAUUUAUAUGUGACCAAGCCUUAUGUGCUUUGUCACAAGAAGCGGGUUUUCCUGGUGAUUAUUUGGUGAGUGUCAAAGAAAUGGUGUAUUGUCGAGAUUCACUUUGAAUUAAACUAUAUAUUGCUGCAGGCA